AUGUUCAAGAUUGCAUCGCCCGUGGCUCUCUCCAGCAAGGUGCGCCUCGCCUGCCUGCCCAGCGCCAACCAGAUCCUGCCCAACAACUACCCGUGCUACGCCACGGGCUGGGGAUCCCUCGACACCAGCGGCCCCUUCCCCAGCGCGCUGCAGCAGGCCAGCCUGCCCGUGGUGGACUACGCGACGUGCAGCCAGCCCAGCUGGUGGGGGAGCAGCCUGAGGAGCAGCGUGAUCUGCGCAGGGGGCAGCACCCGCUCUGCGUGCUAUGGUGAUGGAGGUGGCCCACUGAAUUGCCAGCGGUGGGACAAUGCCUGGGUGGUGCAGGGAAUCGCCAGCUACGUCUCAUCUCUGGGCUGCAACACGAUCCGCAAGCCCACCGUGUUCACCCGCGUGUCAGCCUACAACAGCUGGAUCAGCGCUGUCAUGAGCGUGUACCGUGAAGCCCCGAAGCUCGCCGAAGGAGAGCAGAGCGUCAACAGCGGAGUCAAUGCCACAAUUGCCGCAUUCAAGAAGCCACAGGCUUAA